AUGGCAUCUGACACAGCUGGGGAGUGGCAGGUCGCGAAGUCACGGAAAGGUCGACUCCGUCACACUCCGGGUUGCCGUCCUCAUGAGUUGCCUCAACAGGUGCAGCGGAGUGGCCCUGCUGAUCCCGAUCUGGUCAAGCGGCUUGCUACCUGUGUCCGACAGCAAGCGCAGUCGCUAAAGUGCUCCAGCUACUGGACGUCGGUCCUUGGAGCCGUGCAGGAAGGUCUUCAGGCAACGCCAUCAAAUUCGCUUGCUGCAGGCAGCGAAACAUCAGCCCCUGCAGUCAGGCUACUCUGCCUGGGAAUUGGCUCCCCGGAGUCCUCACAAUCAGCGGCCUGGCAGCUCAGCUUGGCCUGGCUUCUGGCAGAGGUCUUCGGCAUCCAAGAGCGACACUGGGCUGACCCACAGAUGCAGGCGGUGGACUGCGCCUUGGGGACCGAGUUCGGCUUUGCACUGGCCGAGGCCGAGGAUUCUGCCAGCCGGCCCUGCGGGAGGCCGCUGCUGCUCUUCAUGCCGCAUUGCGACAGGGCCCUCUACGAGAUGGUCCUUGCCGAGAACGAGGCUUGGCCUUGGCCCGAUGCUUUGGCGGACAUCGUUCUAGUCGGAAAUUCUUUCAAGGCUUACCAGGAGCGCGACGACUUCCGCAUGGUUGCAAGUGGCCCUGGAGCUCCCAGCCGUGACAGC